UGACUAUCUCCAAAAAUACAAUUAAUAAAUCGUCUGCUGAUCCAGAGAGUGGUUACAUGUUAUUGUUGCACCGUUAUCUCUCUCACUUGUAUUUGAACACGGCCUACAACUGCUUUGAACGGUGCUCUACAUAAGCCGUUAUAUCACAUAACAUUAAAGAUGGUACAAAUUAACAUGACUUGUAUUAGUGAUUUGUUUUCACUUGUGUGUAUUUUAGCGAUCGCAAAGGCCGCGCGACCUAGAGUUUCUACAAAGCUCGGAACAAUGCACGGAUAUACACGGACAGGCGAAUUUAACGGAAAACAUUAUGCUGUGAACGAAUAUUUGGGGAUCCCUUAUGCCAAGCCGCCUGUCGGAGAGUUAAGAUUUAAAAGACCGCAGCCGUUUGGAAAUCUGUCUUCACCGUUUAACGCAACUCGCUACGGAUCUGCGUGUCCACAGUCGGAUUUCUUAAAACUCGGCAUGCGGUCAACAACGGAGAAUUGUCUAUUUUUGAACAUAUUUGUUCCACAAACACCGAAAGAUACCGAACAAGGCCAUGCUGUGAUGGUAUUUAUUCACGGCGGUGGAUUUAAAAUGGGUACAGGAGAGAUGACACCAGGUCAUGUUCUUUCUUGGUUUGGCAAUGUUAUUGUUUUAACAUUCAACUACCGCAUUGGAAUGUUUGGAUUUCUUAAUCUAGGCACAGCUGAUGCCAAAGGAAAUCAGGGACUAUGGGAUCAGCGCCUUGCACUUCAGUGGGUACAUGAUAACAUUGAAGAGUUCGGUGGGGACUCGGGACGAGUUACCAUCUUCGGAGAGGCAGCUGGUGCUAUUAGUGUUACAAUGCAGAGCAUGUAUCCAGCAAAUAGAGGGCUUUUCCAGAACGCAAUUGCUGAAAGUGGCACCAUUUGCCUUAAUUUUGGUCUCACAGAAGAUAAUAAGUUUUCGGCAAAAAUGAUGUCCCAGAAGUUAAAUUGCAAUUUAGAAACAGAUAUUGAUGUGUUUAAAUGCCUUUUAGAAGUUUCACCAGAACACAUUAUUGCUUUCACUGAUAAGUUAAUCAAUACUCCAAGUGAAGCGAUGGAAAUCCCGUUUGUCCCUACGGUUGAUGGUGAAUUUUUCCGUCAACAUCCGAAAGAUACUUUCAAUGAAUCUAAGCAACAGUUAAACGAAGAAAUUAAGUUUCUGCGAGAAAUCAGAUUUAUAAACGGAGUAAAUGGAAUGGAAGGCGCGAUGUGGCUAAGUAUGGCCGCGGGGAAUUCCGAUUCUGAUAUAGACAGAAUAGAAAUCAGCGAUUCAGCGAUGAAAACCCUAUGGAUACCAGCAAUGCUAGGACAGGAAAUGCCUGGAAAAGAGAUUUUUGAGUCAGUAAAACAACUGGUCGCCUAUGAGUACACAGACUGGCAACAUCCGAAGGAUGCCACAGAAAUGCUUGUUAAACUUACAGGCGACGUAUACUUCAACAUUCCUGCUCUUAAGUUUAGUAAAUUGCAUUCAAACAGUACACAUGCUAAGAGCUGGCUAUACAGUUUCGAGCCCAAACUUGAUCAACACCUAUUGAAGACACCACGAUGGAUACAGAAGGCGAAUCAUGGUGAUGAUCUUGCGCCGGUAUUCGGAUACGCACUUGAUUACGAGCAUUUUGCAGGACUUAAAGAUUACAGCCCCCCGCAAUGGGAAUAUGGAUUGUCAGAGCGAAUAAUGGGUUAUUGGACAAACUUCGCUAAAUUUGGAGACCCGAACGGCGAUGGUCCUCCAUUCUGGCCUCAGUACGACCCAGAAACGCAGCAGAAUAUCUUCAUAGAUCGGCAAGACAGCAUUGGUCACAAUCUGUAUGCCAAGGAAGUGGCUUUCUGGGGCGAGGUUUUGCCGUCACUCAUGGACGCCAUAGACCGAAGACCAUCGUUCUCAGAAGAAUCGCCGUUUUCUCAUAAAUCAACGGAAACGUGCGAUGCCGACCGGAAAUGUGGCUAGUUCCAGUACCAACUAAAUAAUCUUAAGAUAAAUGGCGACUUAUGUUUUGUUUGUUUAGUGUUUAAAUUUGGUCAUGCAGUUAGAUUAUUGAGUUAUCUCUAUCUCAAAUACACUAUUCGUAUUUUUAUGUGUUUUAUUGUUUUUGUUGACCGAUGAAGUAAAGCAUGUUGUUUUUAAGUAGAUAUUGUAUUACAAACUAUAUUCGUUU